AUGGAUCCUCUCCAAUUCAACAAGAUCGGACAGCGCUACAACGAUGUGACCAAUCUUCCUGGUUUAUGGCUAGUAGAAGACAUCCUUAAAAGCCAAAUUGGUGUGGUUCACGGCCUCGAGGUGCUUGACUUAGCCUGCGGAACCGGGUACUGGUCCAGAAAAAGUAUUGACUUGGGAGCGAAGAAGGUUGUUGGCGUGGAUAUCUCUAAGGCCAUGGUGGACAACGCACGACUUCAGACCCGGGCACAGGAUCCCUCUGAAUUCCAUGUUGUAGAUUGCAUUGCGCCAUUCAACAUGGGAACAUUUGAUCUCGUCCUAGGCGUCUGGCUUUUGAACUAUGCCAAGAACAAGACGGAGUUGUUGGCGAUGUGGCAGAACAUCUUUCACAGCCUGAAAUCCGGUGGGCGGUUUGUCGGAGUCAUUCCAAAUUACGAAAUACUACAGACAACUGCCUGUGGGCAGGAAUACCACUUUGGAGGAGUGACUUACAAAGUGCUCGAGCGGGUCACAGAAGGAACCCGCACUCAAGUUAUUCUUGACACUACGGAUCCGAUAUCCUUCUUCUGCUAUAUGCUUGAACCGUGGUUGCACGACGAAUGUGCUAUUCAGGCUGGAUUCGACAACUUGAGAUGGGAGCCACUUCCUAGUGAACUUGACGUGGACCUCGGUCCUCCUUUUUUCCAGAUUAUCACUGCUUCGUGCCCCAAGUCAUAG